GAUUAGAGGCGGAGGAGGAAUGCAAAACUCCAUCCAGGGCUGAGAACAGGAGCAUUUGCGCAGAUAGCCUGCGCUGCCUACCACAGACAGACAGCAUUCCAGCCGGAGAAGUUUGUUGUUGUUGUUUUUCCACGUCUCGCCGCCCAUCCAGCGCGUCUGCAAAGUGUCUUCAAAGGAGCAGGGCGACCACCGCUGCACACCCGGACCCAGCAUCAGGCAUCAGGGAUUUAACAUGGUGAUCAAAGUGUACAUAGCAACGUCCUCCGGAUCCACUUCGAUUAAAAAGCAGCAGCAGGAUGUGAUGGGCUUCCUGACGGCCAAUAAGAUCGAGUUCGAGGAGUGUGAUAUUGCCGCCAAUGAGGCCAACAGGAAAUGGAUGAGAGAGAACAUUCCGGAGGAGUCCAGGCCGACAACGGGGAAUCCUCUGCCCCCACAGAUAUUUAAUGAAAGCAAAUAUUGCGGGAACUAUGAGGCCUUCUUCGAUGCCAGAGAGGACAACGCUGUGUAUGCAUUUCUGGGUCUGACUGCUCCCCCAGGCUCAAAGGAGGCCGAGGCUCUAGCGAAAAAAGCCCAGCAGUAGCAGCAGCUUUACUACAGUUUCUACCUGACACCCGGACCUAGUCCUGGACCCAGACUCAGACCUAGAGUUGAUCCAGAAAAAAACAAACAAACAAAAAAAAGCAAAAUUUCACUUAGCUUCUCAGUAUGUCUAUGUGUUUUUUUUAUUAUUCUGUGUUCAGCUGUGCCUUGUCAGCUGUAGUGAAGGGAGGUAGUAAAGCAGAGCAUCAUGGGUAACAAAGAAUCCGCUCUGCCUCUUCCCAUUAACCUCAGCCUGCUAAACCUUUUGGCCUAAUAUGUCAAAUCAACAUACGCACCAAUGUGAAUGAACUACAAGAUGUUCCGUGCAGCUUCCUGUUUGAAAGUGCAUUGUCACCCAACAACACACGCACUCAUAAAAAACAAAACAUCCAUGUUAACAUCAGAUCACAUUACCAUUUCUAUAAAUUGUACGGUUCAAUAAAAGCAUUGUUAAAUUAAUCUGUUGAGCUCUGGAAACAUUUCACAAAUAUUUAUUCUGUUAUUGUUAUGUACUCCAACCCUCCCAGUCACGUCACCACCAAAAGUGUAGCACCUUCUGUAGAUGUUUUAUUAUCCUCCUAUUUGAAUGUUUUAUUUACUUUAUAUAUGGUCUUAAUUCUGCUUGAACGGCAGAACUUUUAUAACAGCUGAUAUAUAUUAUGAAUUGAUAAUAAUGCCAAAAUUUACUCACCUGAUAAACAUAGAGGCAUGUGAAAAGGAGUUGUUUUUUUUUUUUUUUAAAUUGGAUAACUGUUGUGCUCUGUUUCAUAUUGUGUUGGUAAUUCCUGUUUUACACAAAUUGAUAAUUUCCCUUUUUAAAAAA